CCAGUAUAUAUGCUAUCUUUUACCGUUCAGUGUAGCAUUGAGGGCGGUUUUCAGUGGUCAGGUCUUAAGGCCGAGCUCAAUGAAGACGGUCUUAUUUGCGGUCUUAAGAUGGCGCUUCGAUUCAUAGACGUGUCUUAAGACCACGCACAGACCACGUUUUGAGGACGGUCUUGAUCAAGUCGACGCUCAUCGAAGCACGCCUUACUAGAUGCAUAGUCCGGUCUAAGCACGGUCUGAGCAACGUCUUGGGCACGCUGGAUGCAGAGUCAAUUAACGCGGUCUUGUUGGCUCAAAUAGGACGGUCUUCAUCAAGUCGAGUCCGAGUUGCUCUUAAGCAAAUGCUCAAACCAAUACACCCUUAACAAGAGAUAUACGUGCACGUACAUUAUAUGUAAAUGUUUACCGCGGACAUUUUAAAAAUGAUGGGUAUAGAAUAGAACCCAACGAUGGGUUGUGUUUUCGUCGAACGGCAUAAAACUCAGGUAAAGACAUUAUCCCCUGACUUACCGCGGUACGCGUUUAUAAACCGGGGUUCGAGGUGGAGGUUAGAGCAGUCGCUUAAAAAUAGUCGUGAAGAUGCAACCUCUUGUGCUAAGUGAAAUUUUAUUGCAAUGGAAAAUAUAAUAGACCUGUACGAUCGCAUGAACGCGUUGGAAGAUCGAAUGGAUCUUCAUGAUCGAAUAAUGGCAAUUAUGGCGAGGCUGGACAAACAUGAGUAUAAUGAGUUGGAUGACAAUGAUGAAGAAGGAGUCAGAGUACCGCGAGCUCCAAAACGAUACCUGAGAGAUGGCGAGAACCCAUUUGAGUUUUAUUCUGAGGUGGAAUUCAAAUGUCGAUUCAGAUUUUCAAAAGAUUGUGUUAUGUACGGCAUUUUACCAAGAAUUGAAGCUGCAUUAGUCAAAGUUAAUAAUCGUGGCUUACCAAUUCCACCUGUCAUGCAAUUAUUAGUUUGUCUACGAUUCUAUGCAACCGCUAGCUUUCACCGCACGACUGGUGAUCUGUUCAAGAUAUCACAAUCUACAGUGUCAAGAAUUAUAUUCAGGAUUUCGGUAGCAAUUGGGUCUCUUAUUUAUGACGUUAUCAAAAUGCCUGCCACAGAAGAAGCCAUGAUAGCAAACAGAAACUCAUUCAGGGACCUUGGUGCUGGCAGGGAGGGUAUUGGAUUACCUGACAUCGAUGGAGCUAUCGACUGCACCCAUGUAAGAUUGGUACACACAAAAUUUGCAGAGUUGCAGGAGAUUUACAGGAAUCGUAAGGGAUAUUUUUCACUAAAUGUUCAGGCGGUCGUCGGGCCAAACAUGGAAUUCUUGGACAUAGUACCGGAAUGGCCUGGAAGCAAUCAUGACAGCAGAAUAUUCCAAACUUCGAGAAUUUUUAUGCGGUAUCAUGAAAGACAAUUAACUGGAGGAACCCUUGUCGGAGAUGCUGGCUAUCCGUGUUUGCCAUUUAUCCUGACUCCGAUAGCAAAUCCAAUUACAAAUGCACAGGAAAGGUAUAACAACGUGCAAAGCCGAACAAGGAUAACUAUCGAACGAGCAUUUGGAGUCUGGAAGAGAAGAUUCCCUUGUCUGUCUAGAGGUUUAGGAACCAAGUUGCUUUGCUCUACUACAAUAGUUGUAGCAUGUGCUGUAUUGCACAAUUUAGCUAUAACAUUGGAUAACGCUCUUCCUCAAGAUGACGAGAUCGAAGUGGAAGAAGAACCUGAUCUGCCACCUCAGCCACCACAUUGGCAACCUGGAGAGGGUAUUGCUGUACGCGGAGCUCUUAUCGAACGAUUAUUUCACUAAGUUGCGUUUAUAUCAUUCAUAUUCCGUACAUAUUUAUUUUACGAUACGACCGUUCGUUUAAAAUGAAAUACAUUGAGUUUAAAUUGUACAUACAUUAAUUUUAAAUGACCUUCGAAAAUAAAACUGUUAAUAUUCAUAGA